AUGGCUUCAGUAUCGAACUACCUUUUUCAAGAUAAGGAAACAGAACGGAAGAAACAGGAAGAAAAAGAACAGAGGGAACGCGUAGAAAAAGAAUUGAAAGAACACGUAGAAAGAGUAUUGAAAGAAGUCGAGGAAAGAGAACGAAAGGAACGCCAAGAAAGAGACUUAAAAGAACACGUAGAAAGAGUAUUGAGAGAAGUCGAGGAAAGAGAACGGAAGAAAUGCGAAGAAAUAGAACGUAAGGAACGCGAAGAAUUAGAACGGAAGGAACUCGAAGAAAUACAACGGAAGGAACGCGAAGAAAGAGAAUGGGAAAGAGUAAGAAAUGACAUUCUUAGAUUGCAAAAUGAAAUGGAAGUGGAUGCGCGUGCCCACUAUUUGUGUGCCGAAUACUACGGAAAGUGGAAGUUCAUCCUAUUUGUCUCACUUCUUAUCUUUGGAGGAGCAUUGGCAGGCUUUAGGGCACUGUUUCUCGACUGGAAAGUGCCGCUGCUAGGCGAUCCUUGGUCAAAGAAGACUGCUAUUGCCGUCUUCGCCCUUGGCGCUGUCACAUUUGUCAUCAGUAAGUGCUACAAUGCGGUGGCUGAUUCACACGAGAAGCACCACAACGCGGAGAGAAAUUGCCGGAGUAUAGUAGAAAGAGUGAAAUCUGUUUUGCAAAGAGGUUUUACCGGCGAAUCUUUAAGUUCCAUAAGGGAUAAUUAUGAUGGACUUCUGCAGGAAAAGGAAAGUUUCAACAAGAUACGACCUGAAAAAUGGGCUUAUCAAAAUGCAUCGAAGAAAUGAAAUGGAGAGAGCGGGUAAAUUAUCAGCGAUAACUUAUAAAGGUCCUGACUAAAUAUAACUGCAAACUGCAAACUGCUGUUCCUACUGUAUAGUGAACUAAGAUGUUUGAUUCUCAGUAAAUUAGCAAUUUUUAUUUAUUUCGACAGAAACUUGAUUCAGUGAAUGCAAAUGAGAUUCAAGUUGGUGAGGUUUCUGAGAAACAUUACAAAUAGAAAAUAGCCAAACAAUAGAACGCAUUUACAUCACAUCAGUGCACUAUCAUUUUCAAGUAGAGAAAUGAAAAAUAUCGCACAACUUGUACGACUAAAGGGCGUCGAAUAGGAUAAGUGAUUAACUGUAAUA